AUGACUAUGAACCCUUACAUUAGCUGGGCCCUUCUGCUCGUCGUGGCUGGCAGCCUCGGCUGGUACUACACCAAUGGCUCAGCCGCCCCGAAGGCCAAGGCCCCAGUCCGGGCUGUGGUGGAGAAGGCCGAAGCUACAGUCGCGCCCAAGAAACAAAAGAAGAAGACCAAGGCCCCUGAGCCGGCUAAGAAGCCCGAGCUGAAGACCGUUGUCUCCCCUCCCACCAGCGAAGACGAGAAGGCCGAGGAUGAUGUCGACCCCAAGGAGAUGGCUCGCCGCGUCGCUGCGAUCAAGAACGGCACCAACCCGGCCGCCGCUCCCGGCAGCAAGAACCAGAAGAAGAAGGCUAAGAAGACCCAGCAGCUUGAGAGUGGCUCGCACGCUUCCUCUACCACUGGCGCCGACGCCGACGAUGACCUGUCCCCCGCUGUCUCUCCCCAGGUGAACGCCGUUCCCUCCGCUGGUUACGUCUCCGACAUGCUGGAGUCCCCCGCUCCUGGCGCAUCUGUUCUCCGUGUCACCGGCAACGUUGAGUCGGAGCCUAAGAAGCAGAAGGUCCAGAAUUUCAAGCAGGUCGAGACCAAGAAGCAGCGCCAACAGCGCCAGAAGAACGAGGUCCGCAAGCAGCAGGUUCAGGAAGCCGAAGAGCAGCGCCGGCAGUUGCUCGAGAAGCAGCUCCAUACCGCCCGUGAACACGAGCGCCGUGAAGCUGCUAGAUCUCAGGCUCCCGCCACCAACGCUUGGCAAACCAAGGAGGCCCCCAAGGCCAAGGUCAACGGUGCCCCCAAGGCUGCUCCAGCCCCCGCCUCAACCUCCGCCCCUGUCCAGCUUCUGGACACCUUCGAGCCUUCUUCCGCUCCAGCUCAGAAGAAGUGGACUCAGGAGCUUCCCUCAGAGGAAGAGCAGAUGCGCAUUCUGGGCGCUGCCAAUGGUGUUGACGAGUGGACUACCGUCUCUAAGACUAAGAAGACCAAGAAGAAGGGUGGCAAGGCCGAUGAGAGCGUCAGUGAGACCAGCGCCUCAGAGAACCAGCCUACUCCCGUGGCACCUUUGCCUGUUGAGCCCAAGGUCACUGUCACCCCUACCUACAUCCCUGAUAUCCUGCGCUCUCGUGAGAAGGGUCACCCGCUGGACUCGGACUGGGCCGCUUAA